AGCUUCUCAGCGAAUUAACCACUACUAACACUUACACCUACUCAAACCAACUUUACCUUUCUGCUUCAUUAAUGGCGAACCAGGUUGUCAAUGGCGGACAUAACGAACAACACGUUUCUUCUUCAUUGCCUUUUCUCUCUCUCAAUCAUGUCUCCUUUAUCUGCAGAUCUGUUCCUACAUCCGUCAAAUUUUACAACGAUGUUCUCGGAUUCGUUCUCAUCAGACGUCCUUCCUCCUUUGAUUUUGAAGGCGCUUGGUUGUUCAACCAUGGGAUUGGAAUACAUUUGUUACAAGUGGAGACAACUCCAACGAAGAGAGGAGUGAUCAAUCCAAAAGACAACCACAUUUCGUUUCAAUGCACAGAUAUGGAUCGCAUAAUAAAAAAACUGGAGGAAUUAGACAUCAAAUACGUGACAGCGGUGGUGAAAGAAGGAGGUGUGGAGGUGAACCAGCUCUUCUUCCACGAUCCUGAUGGAUACAUGAUUGAGAUCUGCAAUUGUCAUGUUCUCCCUAUGCUUCCCAUCACCUCAUGCCCACUCAAGAAGCUCCCACCCAUUCCACAAACCAACCAAGUCGAAUCCUCCUCCUACGAUAAGAUGGUAUCGAAGAAUUACUACUGUGGAGAAGAUGAGGCGAUAAUGAUGGAAAACUUCUUAAUAGACAUGAUGGGUAUCUCCUUCUAAGAGCAAGAAGAAGAAAAAGAGGAUGAUUUUGGCAAUAUCGAGUGUUUUCCAGAAGUUUCCUUCAUGAUUGAGAGCCAUCUUCUACAUUAAUUAGCUUAUAUUAGUAAUGUACGUGUUUGUAUGUAAUUCAAAUAUAAAAACCCAUUUGUAAAGAUUGCAUUUUGUUUACUUCAUCAAAAUCCAAUAUUUGUAACUCUAUGUUGUUUAUUGUUGAGUUGAUUCUUUAUUAA